GUUGAUUUUGAAUUUCAAGAGGUUGAAGAGGUUGAGACGGUUGAAACGGUUGCUGCUAUUGUAGUUGUUGCAGAAGUUGCUAUUGUUGUAGUUGUUGAAGUGGUUGGGAAGAAGGAAGAUAAUUUCUUGAAAAUGAAUCCAUAUUAUCGUUAUUAUAUAAUUUUGAAAAUUCUACAUUUUCGCGUUCUUCAAAAAUAUUUGCCUGCUGAUAUUUUGGAAGUAAAG